UACCUUGAGGAGAUGGGGAUGUUGUGGAGGCUCCCCUUUUUUGGGCCCAAUUAAUGGACGAGCAAGAUGGAGAGACGCGAGGAGGUGUACCGGCACGGCUGCAUCGCGAAGCAGACGAUCUUGACGACGCACCCGAGUGGUUUGCAGACGAGGGUGUCGGUGGAACUGGCGAAUUUCGACGCUGUGUGCGUGCACUCUGAAUGCAAAGGGAGUCCUCUGAAGAGACCGAUGUGGGAAGGGAGUCCGUUUUUGGGGAGGCGUGGGCUGCUGGGUGGGGUGUCUGCUAACACUACGCCGGUGCUUGGCAGACGGAGCGAUGCCGUCAAUGAAGGGAGGUUGUCCCAGCAGUGCACUCCUGUUAUGCGGAGAAGGGAGAUGCUGGACAGCCCGGGGGGGUCUCCACUGCCGUCUAGAAGGGGGGAGGAGGAGUUUGAAGAAGGCUGCGAGGUGGACAACAGCGUCAUCAGCGGCUGGCUCAAGUUUCGAGACAGCAAGCGGUGGAAGUCGCGGUGGGGAGUCGUCACCAAGCUCUCGCCGGCUGCAGAUUGCCUCCACCUGCAGCUCUAUCGAGACCCCAAAGACCGCUACAAAAAGGGACAAACGAAAGCCUCUCUCUCGCUCCAACACUUCCUCGGCUUCGAGUCCGGGUUCACUCUCGACAAGGAGUCGAACACAAUCGCCAUCAUCUGCCAAGACGUCACCGUCGUCUUGGCGUUCGAGACGAGAGAGAGGCUGAUUUCUUGGCAGGUCAAAGUGGGGGGGCAGCUGGGGUCGUCGAAAGAGUUCCUGGUGAUGGUUGGGGGGGCGUCUAAGAAGCUGCCGGCUGGACCGGCGCGAUUGCAUCUGCAGGGGAGGAGAUUCGCUCUGACAAGCGGAGUGCCGCCGCGUUUAUUGGGACUGUGGGAGAUAGCCCAUUUGAGGUGA